AGCAAUCGUCUGUCCCGAUGCUCUACGUCAGACUCAUUGUCGCUUUUUUGUCGCUUUUUGUCGCUAUCGUUGCUUGUUGUACCAUUUUUGUUACAUGUCCCCUCUGCUGGCUUCAUAUGAUUAACGUAUUCGAGUUUGCCGUGGAAGUAUCUUGAUCGGUUUGAGGAGAUUUUCCCCUGAGCGUAGGGCAAGGGAUGUGGAAGUUUUUUGGACCACUGGAUGAUUUGAAGACUUGUACGCAAGAGUAGCAGAAAGAUUGGAUUAUACGUGCGUGUAGUGCUAACAUUGGUGGGAGGGAUGUGGAGAGAAGUAAUGACGAGGGCACGAUGCACAUGGGUUAGCAACGCAGGAUGGAGCCUAAGGAUGAUGACUUGCGUUUUGCUGCACGCUGUAGUCGUCGCGGGCCUACUGGUUCUGGAUUCUAACUUGUACCGGCACACUGUGGCACACUCCUCAUGGGCUGGAUGCUACUACCUCUUAAUGGUCGUGGUCUUCGUGCAGUAUGCCUGCGCUGCUAGAUCUAAGCCCGAGUAUUUACUUGAUCAUGUAUUGAUGGAAGGCAGGUUCAACUUUGAAUUUGAAGCAGGUCAGAGGUAUCAUGAGUCUUUUUCCCACCCUGCCUCCAAGAGCAGCGGAGACUUUGAUGCAGAUAACCUCCAGAAUGAGGAAGGGGAGUGUCCUUCUGCGUCGGAGGCUACUCCGUUGCUCAUGCUCUCAAACGAUAACUUAGCAAACUUGAAGCGGUGCCCUCAUUGCAAACUGUGGCAGCCAUCAAUAUUAAGCAUCAAGCACUGCCAUACCUGUGAUAAAUGCGUGCUCCGUUUUGAUCACCAUUGCGAUUGGCUUGGAACCUGCGUUGGUGGAAGAAAUCACAGAAAAUUCUGGUGGUAUAUCUUCUGCGAAACAGCACUCGUCACGUGGACAAUAGUCUGGUUUAUAUGCGCAUAUGGGAGGAGUAAGGGGAAGCACACAGCGAUGCCCGCAAAGUGUGUUAUGUUGCUUGUGAUGCUUGCACUCGUCGCCACAGAGUGCUGCCUGGUAUUCCUAUUCUUGUUUCAUUCCUUCUUGUUGAUGACCAACCAAACAAGCUAUGAAUUAAGUCGCUCAGCGUGAAAGGAAGAUCCGGAAGCGACCGCAUCCUCGUGGCUCGGUUACAGCAGCAUUUCUUCCUCACAAGACUAUCAUCAAAAUAUAAAGCUCACUCUCCUAUUUUCAUUACAUUGAAGAACUCUUUGAAGAACCUUCUGGCUCCUAAAAAAUUGAUGGACGAUUCCUUAUCCUUUUUCAAUUCUUAUGCAAGUUCGUCCUCUGUGAUUCAGCCACGAAUGGCUACAUGUAGCGGCAUUAAAUAUGGGUUUAUCCAAUUAACUGUGACCAUGAUUAGGGGCAUUGUAGAACACGUUUCUACCGGUUCCCUGCAACUGACUUUGCAGAAGCUGGAGCAUCGCCAGACUUGCUUUUGGAGAAGUUGAGUAAUUUGAAAAUCAACUUCCUUUAUUCAAUGUAGAUGAAUGAUUGAUUGAAAGUAUUAAUCUCCUGCCUAGAGUGUAUGUUUGUUUUCAGUGAAUACACUCCUUGCAUCUAUCACAGCCCUAAACUCUAACGACAUUAUUUUUGAGCAGUAUAUUUUCAUGUAAUUUACAAACUAACAAAAAAUGAUACAC